UUGACUAGGAAGUCUUAAACAUUCCACCAAUCACAACCGUCAAAGUGGUGUACGUGCGAACGUUCGACAAGUUUAGCCAUCUUGCAGUAGGUUAAGUGCAGAGGAGUUAAAUUGGUUGGCGAACGGUGACAAGCUUCUAUCAUCGACGAGAACAAACCGACUGAAAAUGGCAGAAGGAGGCAUGGGUCGAGCCACAUCACAGACUGAAAGCGUUCCAGGACACAGCAGCCUGUACAGUCGUCACUCUCAGAAUCAUGUCGAAAAUAUGUCCAUGGAAAUAUGUACUAUAAUGACCCGGCUGGGAUACGGCGAGGAGAUGAGAAGAUGGCGGGUUGAGAAACACAGGGAGUUGGAUAGGCUGAAAGAUACACGAUCAAGUCAUGCCAGUCAAAUUACAGCAGGAAGCAAGGCAGAGGGACUGACCUGCUAUUUGGAAAGCGACUGGGACAUGUUGCACGUGUUUAAGGGUGUCCUCUGUGUGGAAGCUGGUAUCAACCUUCAUACCAUACCUGACGACAUAGACGUUUUUAGGAUGGAUACACGCGUAUAUCCAGGCCACUGCAUACUGUUACAAAAAAGACCAGGCAUUACACGUUUUAAACAAAUUCAUAAUUCCCUGUGUGAUAAUGGAUAUGGAGCCGUUCUACUUAGUAGUAGUUUAUUCCUAGACGAAUAUUCGGCAUUAUUUACACAAUCAGAAGUAGUGGAUCAUGAGAGAGCGGGGCCGUCGACUCCUGGAACAAUUUCAGGUAUACUUCAUGUUGACAGAGUAAUCGCACUACGUUGUCACUGUCCCAGCAUCCUCCAAAGAUGGGCUGCCAGACCCCGUCAUUGGCCUUCACCAUUCAUCGUUCAGAAAGUCGUAUCAUUAGGAGCCUACCUAACCCCAGUCGGGUUUAAGGGAAGUGAUUAUAAGCACAUGGAAUGGAGGAUGUGCUUUAACACUGGUGAGACAGAACUUGUAAACAAUCUUAAUAGCACACAAACGCAAGUUUAUGUUAUGCUUAAAAUGAUUGUUAAAGAUGUUCUUAAGCCUUGUAAGAAAGAAGUUACAUCAUACGUGAUUAAAAAUAUAGUACUUUGGCAAGCUGAGAAUAACCCGCAGCAUAACUUUUAUAAACGUAGUUUUUUAUACUGGCUUCAUGACGGACUGAGAGCCCUUAAGACUGCUAUUACCACACAACAAAUGUCAUACUACAUGGUUCCGGAAAGAAAUUUAAUGGCAGCAAGUGGUUUGCAGGAUAAGCAGCAAAGUAAAUGGGUAGCAGAUAUAACGGACAUGAUGGACGAAGGUCCAAAUGUAAUACUGAGAUUGCCGAAGAUACGACAGGCCAUCGUCGCGUCCCCAGAGCCGAUGUUGUGGUUCAGCAAGACAAGGAUGGAGCUGGAAAUGCUGUUCCUGGAGGCGCUGAACAGACAAGAGAAAUGUACAGAUGGGAACGGAGAGGUUAAUGAGUCUGAUGCUAUCCUGCAUGCGAUAUGGAGACGUUACUUAAAGCUAUUGAUGGAGGUGGUUCAACGGAUGCACAUUGGCGGCUCUGCUGUUUAUGAUAUGCUUGAUGUUGUAUCUAGAAUAUUUUCUUAAUAUUGAAUUAAGUGAAUUAUAAUGAUGCAGCUGGAUGUGUUUAUCAUAUACCUACAAUGUAGAGAUAAGAACAGGAAAGUGGUUUGACUUGGAUAUCAUCCAGCAGGAGAUGAGGAUACAUAUGAGUGACACAGUGUGAGGAGUACUUCAAUAAAAUGCCACUUAACCAGGCUGUCGACGCUGAUUGAUUUACUUUCAUUAAGAUAAUAUUGUGAUUCCAAGUGAGUUAAACUAACUACAAAUGCUAGAACGAUUCCAGCGUCCAACUUUAAAUACAAGGUGACGCAAAUUUGUGUUCUACGUGUUUAUUCAUAGAAGUGGACUGUGUGAAGGUAGCUACUUUAAUAUUUCAAUAUGUUCUUAAGACCAAGUCAGUCAAAAGUAUGUAAACUUACGGUGUGAUUAUUGUACUGACGAUUAAUAUGUAUUUUCGUCUUGGGUUGUUUGCCGAUGAGAAUUAACUUAAAAAUGCCGUCAUGUGUUUUGGGUUAAUUUAAGGCAUGACUGGUCAUACCAUAUCGAGCCUUGCAUACAUGUUUUUCAAGUUUUUUAAAAGCCGUAAAUGCAUCGGGGUAUUAAGCCAUAAGCUACAUUUGGAGUAUAAAUUAAUUGAGUCCUUCAAUAUUUGAGCUCAAAGUGUCGACUUGACUUGAUUUUGGAAUAAGUAAUUACGAUCUUAGUAUGAUUAGCGAAGUCUGGUCAGGAGCUACACUGUCCCAUAUGAAGUCCAAUAAGGUCUCUUGAUCCCAGAAGCGAACACAAUAGCGCAUGAGCAGACUGCGCGAAGGCAUAGGCUAGUAUAUAGUUGCGCUGGCCACAUUUGGCAUUAAGAACCAUUUUCGGUUGACGCGGCUCAAGUAUACGGACACCUGCUAACUUCAAAAUAAAGUGUCCAGUAUUGGAUUUUGAUAUUUGUAUUUCCAGUAUGACUUUGACAGUGAAGGUACUCAUCCUUUUUAGUACAUGUUCGUAUGUCUCAUUCAAAUUAAUAUUUGUGCAUAUAAAUAAUAACGUGUAAUUGUAAAAUCUUAGGAUUGAAGGUAGCAAUGUGUAUAUGGUGCGUGACUCUAUUCAUAGUAUAGGUUAAACGUAUUACUAUCGUACUAUUGAAACGAAAUAAUGCAUUGAAAUGAUAAACAAAAUACACUAUUAUUUGUUACAAUAUUUUGUCGCCCAUCUUUAAUUUGUUUAAUCUGGUAUGUAUUAUAUGUAAUCAGAGUAUAUCGAUUACACGUUAAUAUGUGCGGGUAAUCACCUAGUGAUUAGGAGUUCCGAUCUCUACCGUAGAAGGGUUCUCAGCAUUUUCUCGGAAUCUAUCGAGAAAUAAUAUUCAUACAUAUAUAUUAAGACCAUAUAUUAAAAAACUAACGUCGUAAGAUUAUGCAAUUAUAAUUGUAUGCAUUGGUAAACAUUUUGCUUGUCAUAUUUUGCGAUGUCAUUGUGAACAUUUAUAUGUUCUAUGAACAAUAUUCUUUAGGAUAUGUAAAUAUACAUGGCAAUAAAAUCCGAUUAACUUUACUUUUUGGAAAUACUUCAGAUUUGACGGGUGCACGAUUAAGAUGAGAAUCGACCGAAAACAUUCAAAUGCGUAAUAUGAAGAAAAUACAGUUUUAAAAAUCAAUCAUCAGAGCCUGCUUCCAAUCUAUCUAUCUAUCCAUCCAUCCAUCCAUCCACCCACCCACCCAAACAAACCCAUCCAUCCAUCCAUGCAUCCAUCCAUGCAUGCAUGCAUCCAUCCAUCAAUACAUGCAUGCAUGCAUGCAUGCAUCCAUCCAUCCAUCCAUCCAUCCAUCCAUCCAUCCAUCCAUCCAUCCAUCCAUCCAUCCAUCCAUCCAUCCAUCCAUCCAUCCAUCCAUCCAUCCAUCCAUCCAUCCAUCCAUCCAUCCAUCCAUCCAUCCAUCCAUCAUCCAUCCAUCCAUCCAUCCAUCCAUCCAUCCAUCCAUCCAUCCAUCCAUCCAUCCAUCCAUCCAUCCAUCUAUCUAUAUAUCUAUCUAUCUAUCUGUCUAUCUGUCUAUAUAUCUAUCCACCUAUUUUACUAUCUAUCAAAGUUUGAAAACAUAUAUUCGAUUUGCGUUCCUUUGGAAAGUCUGUAUUUAAUGUUUUAAUGAGUAGUGCAAAUAUUGACAUUCAUAAAAUGUAUACAUUCUUAUUUUUGAUAAUUAAAUUUUUUAAUUGUAUAAGUUUACAAUAGUUUCAUUCAUGUUUGAUAUGCAAUUGUACAUUAAACAAAUCCAUCGUGGUGACAUUUCAAAAAGCAGCAAUUCGUGUAACAAUUGUACCAAUGAAAUAAUUUAUUUAAGCUAUACCAACAAUGAAUUUGAGACGCGCCUUGAGAAAACCGGGCUUCAUGCGUGUGCUUAAAGUAUCAUCAAAAGUAAGACUGUGUAGUCUUAUAAAAGAUGACAUUGUCUGCAUAAACUGUAUUACGACUUCAAUUGCCGUAUCUGGGCGAUAUGUUACGCACAAUAAUUAAGUCCGGUUUUCUCGGAGCCUGGCUUAUUUAAAGUAUGUAUGCUGUUUACACGUUAACGCGAAUGUUGAAACGUCAAUUUCUUUCCGGCAUCCGAGUUUAUUGAAAUGCUUAUAAAGUAGCUUGAUGGUCGGAAGAUAUUGCAAUACAGUCCAUUUACCCUUUGACGUUAAGUCUGUUGGAAACAAUAAACACACUCUGAAUAGUUGAAUUGCCUAAUUUUUAGAACACCAACCGGAGAGCACAGGGAACACAAAGCAAAUUAGGCAUUAAAGCUAUUGAUGUUGAUUGAUGUUUAUGUUGAUGUUUAUUGAGAAUCUCGAGCAUUUUUGAAAAAAAAUAAGAAGAAAACAUUAUAACUUUUUCGUCGCGAAAUUUAAUAUUAGGCGUUGCCUCUUUCUCGAAUAUAGUUUUUCUUAAUUCGCAUUUUUAGUUAGAUCUGCGAACAUGUAUGUGCCCUUUUGAUGUAUUUUUGCCCAUAAACUAGUUGAAAUAUGUAAAUUGCUGCUGUUCCUGAUUUUGUAUGUGAAUGUAUAAUGAGUGUUUUUGUGAGUUCUUGUUUAUGCCUCAUUAGUUGUGUUUGUCGAGUCAAUGUUUGUUACAAAUAACGCAUUAUGUACUGAUUAGUAUGAGAACUCCUCUUAAAUUAAACGUAUUUCAUGUUUGUUAUCUAUCUAUGUAUGCUGCCGACUAUGUGCCUUGGCUGUAUACUCAGUAUUUUGCGUGAGUUCUUGUUUUACUCUCUUUAGGUUUUGUUAUGUAGAGUACUUCAACGAUAACAUUAAUGCAAUAUGUAUUGAUGAGUAUGAGUACUCCUCUAAAACAUUAUUAUUACGGACAAUAUGUAUUUCUUGCUGUAAAAUAUUUAUUGACACUACUUAUGUAAUUAUUAUAAUUUCAUGUGCUUGAAUUAAUUAUGAACAUAUGUUUAUUACUGUAAAUAUUAUAUUGUUUGUACUUAAAUGUGUCCACAUGGACCAUUGGCCUUCUGGAAAUGAUGUAAAUAAAAUCUUUAUUCGGAACAAAAAAAUUCACUUAGCUUGAAGGCACUUUCUUUGCGGAAGAAGGUGUCUUCAUUGUGUAAUUUCGUUGAUGUACGUAGAUUCUUUCUCUAAGUUGUAUUGCGUAAUCAUGUUUCAGAUCGUCUAUUUACACUUAAACUACAUACAUUCUAGCUUGUAUUGUAUGUUUAUGUGUGUGUAAUAUAUUCAUAUAGGCAUCUAAACGAAUACAUCUCGAACUCUGAUGUCACGAGGUUACACAAAUGUCUUGAGACGUUCAUUUGUUCAGAAGUGUCUCACUAAGACGUCUGUUUAUCGCAAUUGUUGCCGUUUCAUGUAUAUCAUGGUAUAGAAAUAAAUCAUAGUAGACAUU